AUGCCAUACAAUUUUUUCAACCCUUCUAUUAUUCCAGGUCGAGUUUCCCCAUUUGCGAAACAAUUCCGUCAUCAUAUGAGUAGUCGAGGCGCUGAGACUGUAACUAUACGGCAUGAAGAUGGCACUACAGAAACACAGUUGAUGCUUCGCCCUGAAGACGAACCUGCCACGACAACAGUUGAUUUGGGCCCGGCAAAAGAUAUCCAACAUACCGACGACUACACUAAACCCGCACAAGCAAGCCCAGUUCAAAAGGAUAAGAAGAAACUGCAAUUCCAUAUGGCCAACAAAAUUCAGAUCAUUCCAAAUAAUCGACAGGGUCAACUCAAUACCGGAUAUCUAGGCACAAUUGGUGGUGUGCUGAAAAUUGCCGAAAUUAUUCUGUCUUUCGUCGCUUUCAUUUUGGCCAUAUGCGCGGAUAGAAGGUCUACAACCGCAGCAUGGACCGAACAUAUCACUUUCGAGACGAUGAUCGUUGUUUGUGUGUUACUUGCUGGCUAUGUUUGCUUUCCGCAUCUUACUAUUCGUGACGAACAAACCAGGGAGGGACUGAUCGUUGUGGAACUGCUCUUCUAUGGGAUCAACACACUAUUCUACUUUAUUUCGAUAUGGUUGAUGGUACAUUUAUCGGCCAGUUGGGGCACAGAUGGACGGGGUGCAGCUAUCAUGACGGCGAUCCUCUGUGUGGCUCUGACUGUGAUUUUUGCAAUCGAAACAUUCCUCAAACUCAAAGCAUGGCGUGGUGAAAAUGAACCAAGCGGAAAAGUGAUCACAACCGGAAAUCAACCUUCUCAGAGCUAAAUCUCGCACUGUCAGCACAGCUCACUCUAGUCAGCCCGAUUUGCACACUACUAUAAGCUAUGAAAAACGAAAAAUAAGCAAAAUUCUACGUUGAUAUUGUUCCAUUUGCUCGGAUAGGGCGCUCAAAUGCUAACAAGCCCUGCCCAUCUCACUUAUGCUAGACCUCUAUGUGGGUGCGAGCUGCGCUCUGUAUAGAGUCGAGUUCAAAGCAUUUCUUUUUUGUUUUUAUCUUAUGCAUUUAUCUGUCCGACACUGUCAUGAUUGUUAUUUGAUGAACAUUAUCAUCUUAGAUUGUCAUGUUUGUGACAAAAUAUGCCGCUUGUGAUAAAAUUUUGAAAAAUCGAGGC